UUGUGUGUGUUGGCUUUGUCGGUAGUGCGUACGUUUAAGCGCAGCCGUGGCCGCUCCCCGUCGAGUCUCGCUUUCAAAUCGCCGUCACUUUCACGAGAUCUUCAUCCACCCAUCUGCACUGCAAACAGCCCAAGAAAGCGACCGUACCAGCCAUGGGUGGAGCCCAAGCAAUCAAGAGGAUCCCUCGAAUCAAGUUUCCCAAACGCCAUCCCAACCCCUCUGGUUCUACUUCCCAGACUCCAUCAAACCUUGGGGUCGAUGAUCAAGUUAUCUUCUCAACUGGAAAUGUUUUGAAAACUGUGGGAGGAAAAGCUUCCCUUCAGCCUAAGAGGACACCGAUGUCUAACGAGGAGAUUGAGGCUGUUUUGCUGGGUGGGUGCAUCUGAUGGUGAGCCUUCAAAGGAAAGACCAUAAGGUUGUGGACAUUUUUUUCUCAUGUCUAAAAGUUUUAGUUUCCUGUAUUAAGAACUUAUAUCAUAUGUAAAAGGAAUGCUUAAGCUAAACUUUCCUUAAUAAGAGGAAACUUUGACAAUUCAUUCCGAUGAAAUGGAACUUUGAAGAUCCAAUUUUACUAUA